AUGGUCGAAACGCGAGUGGUGCUUUCCCUUUUGCUGCUGAUAGCGCCAUCCUGGAGCGAACUCCGGAAAACAUUUCAUAGCAAAAUUAGUGGAUCGAGUAGUCGGCUUCUGUUCUCCCACUACAACCAGGGACGCGAUCGAGGUCAUGAUCAUCAUCAUCAAAGUUUCAAAAAACAGUUGGAAUCUACGACGGUGAGUGAAAUUGAAAAUGAGGUUACAACCUUGCCGACUAUCCUGGAAGAUCCAGUGGCGGAACUCUCCUACGAAAGGUCGCUUCCUCUGCGAGUGUUGAACUGUAUGCUCAAACUUUCACUGAUGGAGUGCAGUAAGAUGUAUGUGUUACAGAAUAUGGAAUCGCGGGGUUAUAAUUUCGAAACAAGCGGAAAUCUUACCCACGAUAUUCAGCAAAUCCUACUUCCGUCGUACCAGCGACCGGACAACAAAUUGUUCGAAGAUCGCCUCCUGGAGCUAAAUUCUUCCGAAGUGGAUCGACGUAUCAAUCACGGUCUCGCGUUGCUGUUCAACGAGCGCCAGGCGGAUAUAACGUUCCUACCGGGUUUCCGGCUGCGAGUUAGCCCGAGCAAAGGCGACAUCCUCGAAUUUUCGAUCAAAAAGCAAUUUUUCGAAGAAGACGAAGAAGAAAAUGCAGCGGAAGGCCGAGCUCGCAACGAUCGCGAUAAGGAUGACAAAAAGAACAGACGUGGAAACAAAAAAAUCAUGAAACAUCUGAUGCAGCUGGGAGUGCCGGCGGUUUUGCUUCCGUCGAUGCUGCUGGCCAGCGUAAUGCCGAUGAUGAUUCCGGCGCUUAAGUUUGCCACCUUCUUCACCAGUUUCGUGAAUCAUGCGGCCCUGGUAGGGGCCGUUAUGUAUCUGGCCAAACAGCACGCCCAGGAACAGGAGGAGAAGCAAACGGUGUACUUCAACGCGGGCUACAAUUGA